AUGGUGAAUGCAAAUGAAAAGGAUUGGUCAAAGAAGCUUGAUGACGCUCUAUGGGCUUACCGCACUACAUUCAAGACUCAUAUAGGUAUAUCACCUUAUCAACUUGUCUUUGGAAAAUCAUGUCAUCUGCCCGUAGAGCUGGAACACAAAGCCAUGUGGGUGUUGAAGAAGUUGAAUAUGGAUUGGGAUACCGCAUCAAAGCAAAGGAUGAAUCAAAUAAAUGAGCUUGAUAAGUUUUGCCUAAAUGCAUAUGAGAGUGCAGCCUUGAUGCAUUUAUUUCUUGGCAAAGUCAAGUCAAAGUGGUUAGGACUACUACAAGUGAGUCAAGUUUUUCCGCAUGGGAAAAUCGAGCUAGAGAAGAAGGAUGAAACGAAAUUAAAAGUUAAUGGUCAAAGGAUCAAAGCAUACAUGGGCACAGAGGAUGAGAUCAAUACUGUGGAAGCAUGGAAGCUUAGUGAAGUCUGA